CUUGUCGGCGCUUGGCUUCCUUUCCUCUCCCAAUUAAAUUAUUGUUGGUUUCCUCCCUCUCCCAAUCCCUAUAUUUCCCCUCACUUUCUCUCUCCUUUUCCCCUCACUCAAAAGAACCUCCUUCCCUAAAAACCCUUUUUCCCUGCAAUGAACGCCGGCGCCGACACCGGAAACAACCACAGAAUCCUCGACGCCGUUAACCGGCGUAAGCCCACGAAGAAAACGAAACAACCCAACAAAAAGAAACCCAUCAAAGUUGUUUACAUAUCAAACCCCAUGAAAGUUCAAACCAGUGCUUCUAAAUUCAUGGCUUUGGUCCAAGAACUCACCGGCCGAGAUGCUGACUUUCCCGACCCCUCCAAAUUUUCCCCUUCCGCCGUCUGCGGCGGCGCCGCCUCCUCCGACCUUCUCCACAACACCGCAUCCGGCGGUGGUGACGACGAGCACGGUGCUAGUAAUCUUAUAAUGAAUAAUAACAACUGUUCACUUGCUGUCGAGUUGCCGGUAGAUGACGACAUUCUUGGUAGUUUUUACGACGACUUUGACGACCUGAUUUUUCCUCCUCCGGUUAUCGGAAACUUCUCUGGGUUGCUUCCGGCUGCGGCGGCGGUUGUCUAUGAAUCAUAUGCAAGGUGAAAAUAUUGAUAUAUAAUGUGUGAAAGAUGGUUGUAUCUUUUUAAUUUUAGUUUCCAUUUCUCUAUAAGCUUUUUAAUAUACAUAUAUAUAUUUAAUCAGGGAGUUAAUUGUUAACAUAAAUAUCAAGGAAUACAUCUAUAUCAUAAUAAAAAGAUGUUUGAAUAAAA